AUGAAUUUGAUAUGGAUUUUAUUCAUAAGCUCGUCGAUUAUUACGCUGAUCAAAGAAACAGCCUCAUUAAAUGAAGUUAUUUUACGCAGAGGUAGAUUCAGAACCCCAUUAGCAGUGAUAAAGAAACACGACUCUACAAAGCUACAACUCGCGAUACCUCGCAAAUGCACAAAAAAUCACGAAUUUGUUGGAUAUCAAUAUGAUAAUUCUGUAGACCUUGAUGAUCGUCCUAAAGAAACAUUACUAAUCGCGUGUCCUGAUGUGUAUCGUUUUGGAAAACAAAAGGAAGUAGAAUCGGAAUGGAAAAAAUAUCAUGCAACGUCGAAAGAAAGUGUACUGUUUUUCUUGAUGAAAUACUCAACAAUCAGCCCUUAUCUGCAAUGCACAUCACGUGUCGUGCCCUCAAUUAGCGAAUUUAGUAAUGAAGAAGCGCAAUACUGUAACCAAUCAGGAUCAGAAAUGUAUCAAGUCGGAUAUCCGCUAUCGCUUCAUUAUACGAUUGCGGAAAAUUUUGAAAAUUUCAAAUCAACGCAGGAAGUUGAGUUUUUAUCAGUAUACAAAGUAUGUUUUUCGAUGGCCGAAGGUAAAGGUGCAACAAAAUACACGAUUCAUCGUAUCGAAUCGCCAGCACUGCUACUUCUAGAUCAGAUAAAACAACUUCCUGACAUUCAGCCCAUGAAAAGUUACGAAAAAUCUUUCUUGGAUUCAAUUUUAAACAGAGAGUUUUUGGAAGACGAGGACAAAAAAUACUACGCAUACCAGAUCGUGGGAACUGAGGACAUGCCAACCGGGUCAUGGGAACCAACCACCAAGUUUCUUUUCAAUUACAUUCCCAUCGCGAGAAACGAUGAUAUAUUCAAGGGUAUGAUAAGAGUCGACUAUUACAUCAGACUAUACAGCAAAAAAAACAACAAGCCCUUGACUUUAUACUCGGGUACUUAUCGAGCAGAAAUAGAAAGCAAUAUUUGUAUUAUUAUGAUGUUUUGCAAUCCGACGAUUAUCGAAUCAUUUUGGAGAAUAAUUAUGGAUGAUGAAAAUCGCGUUAUUUUUCUAGUAACCCAGUAUACUGAAAAGGAAUGCGGUCGAACAUAUUUAUGCAACACAGAUCGUCAAGAAAAAACAUACGAAAGAGGGGGUUGCACAUACACAUGUUCUCUCAACACUCCGACAAAUGUAAAUUUAUUUCAGAUGCUGGAUUUGCCCCCGUUGACCGUCACCGGAGACCUGGAUUUUACAUUUGAAGUACAAAUAGAUAAAACUGACAAUGAGACAGUACCUCAGGACAAAACAGAGUUCACGGAAGCAAAAUCUUCCAAAAACAUCGACAUCGUCGAUUUUUUGAACAAUCCGUCAUUUUUUGAGGCUGUGAGAAACAUUGAUGCUGAUAUUGCUAAAAAUUUGAGUUUUGAAAGCAUGUCAGCUGAUGCCGAUAGUGCUAGUUAGAAAAUGAUAAUCUAGCCGUCUUUUGUUCGUAUAUUCAAUUUUCAAUAAUUUUCAGAAUAUUUUUCUCAAGAUAUAAUAUUUGUAAUAAAUCCAUACUUUGUUAUUUGAA